CGGACUUGUUAAUUUUUUUAAAAGAAUUAGGGCAAAUUGGGCCGUACGAGAUGUGCUCAAAGCCCACUGUCCACCCACUAAUCGUUGAGUGUCAGGUAUGGAUCCCAAAUUUCCAAUACCCAUUCCAUGCCCGAACAAAAAAAGAAAGAGAAAAGAAAAGAAAAGAGAAAAAUAAAAAUCAACAAACAAAAGAACCUGCUCUAGCUCAAUUCAGUGAAGACGGUGGUUCUACUUCGCGCGGCGAUGGAAGCAAAGCCAGAGCCAAAUCCAAACCCGAAUCCACCGUUUUCAUAUCUCUCUUCUAUUUAUCGACCAUUAAUUGUUUCUCUCCUAUUCCCAUUCUAACCUUCACUUCUUUACAACCCCAAACAAUACCAAUUGCCUCUCUCUCUCUCUCUCUCUCUCUCUCUUCCAUUAACAAAAUGUCAGGUUUUGAGCUUUGGUUAAAAAAGUCACUCUCAAAAGACCAGUUCCAAACUCCAUUUACAAUCGAUUCAAUUCCAAAUUCUACUGCAUUCACUUAUGGUGGCAUAUUUCUCGACCCCACCAUUUCUUCUUCUUUUGUCAAUCUCAUUUCUUCUACAACUAGUUCAAUUAAAACGACAAGUCUCGUUUCUACUACUAAACAUGCGAUUUUUACGGGAUUCAGGAGAGAAAAGAAUAAUAAUAUUAAUAAUAAAGCGGCGAUUACCGGUUUAUUUUUGUCGGUCAGCUUGAGCAACGAUGGCCCCGAGCUAGUGCAGGAAACAAAGGAGUGUUUGGUGCAAAACAAAGACGCCAAAAGCGAAAAUGAUGCCGCUUUGAAAGGAAGAAGAAAAAGAAAAGUUCUGGUAAGAGGAAGGCGUGCUGCAAUGAACACUACCAAACAUUUGUGGGCUGGAGCUAUUGCCGCUAUGGUUUCGAGAACUUUUGUGGCUCCAUUGGAGAGACUAAAGCUGGAAUAUAUGGUUCGUGGCGAGCAAAAACAUAUAUUGGAACUAAUUAAGACAAUUGCGGCUACUCAAGGAUUGAAAGGGUUUUGGAAAGGGAAUCUUGUUAACAUUCUUCGGACAGCACCAUUUAAAGCGGUCAAUUUUUGUGCUUAUGAUACAUAUAGGAAGCAAUUGCUUAGAUUCUCUGGGAAUGAGGAAACUACUAAUUUUGAAAGAUUUAUUGCUGGCGCUGCUGCUGGGAUUACCGCUACUAUACUCUGUUUGCCACUUGACACUAUUCGGACCAAGAUUGUUGCACCUGGUGGGGAAGCUUUGGGUGGUGUCAUAGGUGCUUUUCGCUAUAUGAUCCGAACUGAAGGAUUUUUUUCCCUUUAUAAGGGCUUAGUGCCUUCUAUUAUAAGCAUGGCACCUUCAGGGGCAGUUUUCUAUGGUGUAUAUGAUAUAUUGAAGUCUGCUUAUCUGCAUUCACCUGAAGGCAGGAAAAGAAUAGAAAAUUUGAGCCAACACGGGCAGGAAUUGAAUGCUUUGGACCUGCUGGAGUUGGGACCAAUUAGGACACUACUAUACGGGGCUAUUUCUGGUGCUUGUGCAGAAGCUGCUACUUACCCAUUUGAAGUUGUGAGGAGACAACUUCAACUGCAAGUCCGGUCUAGUAAAAUGAGUGCACUGGCAACCUGUGCCAAGAUUGUUGAGCGAGGAGGAAUUCCAGCUCUGUAUGCAGGUCUCAUUCCCAGCUUGCUGCAGGUACUUCCCUCUGCAGCAAUAAGUUACUUCGUCUACGAGUGCAUGAAGAUUGUUCUCAAAGUAGAAUGAACAUGGAUAAUGAAUCCAUUAGCAAAAUAAGUGGUAGGAAGCUUGUAUAGUGACUCAAAGAUGAGCAUGGGAUAUAAUUAAAAUGGUAAGGCUUAUCAUUUAAGCAUGACUUACCAUUGAUUUUCUUGCGUAUCCUUAUACUUCAAAAUGAAGGAAUUACAAAUGUUUUGAGAAUCUAUAAUCUCCUUUGUUUGAAUGAGUAUAUAGCCCAAUUAAUAGAUUUGGGCUUGGGUCCAACUAAUACCAAAAUGACUAGAACUAGCCACUUGGUUGGUUGGACUUUAACUCCUAUAAAUUGUUUGUAUUUCUUAUUAUUUAAUGACCUUGGGAUCUCUAACA